CAAUGUGAAUGAGUACAAUAGAAUUUCCAUUUUUUAAAUAUUUUAGGUUAUAACAUAAACAAAUAGUAAUAAAUAAAAAAUUUAAAUGGCUACGACAUCGUUGUCAAUGGUAGUAAGAAUAAAACAUUUGUUACGACUGAAUUGUUAUGUGUCAAGUUUAUUAAAUAAUAAUUAUAAAGAACUAAUAAUAAGAGGACAUCAAAAUAUUUUAAAUUAUUGUAUGAAAGUUCCAAACACCGAGGGAAAUGUACAUGAUUUCGAUAAAAAGAAAAAACCUAAAACAAUGAUAAUACCUAAAAUAACACUUUUAUUGCCAAAAGAUUCUAUGACAGUUAUUACUAUGGAGGAAGCACAAAAACUUGCAAAACGUCGGAAUUUAAUUUUAAUGAAAGUGGAAGAUGGACAAAAGCGUUCAUCCAAAGAUACUUACAAACUUGUAGAACCAACGGAACAUUUAAAAGAAUCAAAAGUUAAAGAUAAAAGUGAUAAAAAAACUAAUGAACUUAAAUCAGUAAAACUAAUACAACUAUCUGCUAAAAUAUCCAUGUAUGACAUCGAUGUCAAAGUAAAACACGUCAAGAAAUUGUUACAAAAAAAACAUAAAGUCAAAUUAAUCGUUAACAAUGAUACUGAAGCACCGGAUAAAAUAGUAAAAUACGUUGAAUCAGCUAUAAAACAACAUGGAACGAUACAAAAAUCUGUACAAGCAAUGCGUACAGUAUUUAUAGUUACUCCUAUAUUAAAUGAAAGUGACAAUGAGAAUAAGUAUUCGAAUAAUACAAAUGUUAAUGCAGAGGAAAAAUGACUAAUAAAUUCCCAACGUGUAUACAACGAGUAAACUAUUUUGUUAUUUGAAUUGUAAAUAUUAAAAUGGUGUGCAAGUAUUUAUCUAUAGAUAUUAUGAAAGUAAACAAAUGGAAAAAGAAAA